GACAUCACUGAUAAUGCGGAAGUGUUGGCUUUGUAUGUAAAACUACAAUCAUUCUGUAAAACUACAAUCAUUCUCUCUAAAAAUUGACGUAUUUUACGUAAUUUCGUAUUUUCUAGAGCACCAUUUAGCAUUCAGUAAUGGCUGCGUUAGAUGAUAUAAGUACGCAAAGACGCGACCCGCCUGAUGGAGAGGAGGACAAAUCGUUACAGGAUUUGUUGAACGCGGAGGGAAAGAACAUCAAAUCACUGGUUUGUCAGCGAUGCCAAUGCAAAGUAUUGAGACCAAAUCUUGGACAACACGUGCAAAAAGAGCUAUUCCUGCCACACAUGAAAAAGAAAUCGGAGCAGCAAGGCGCUAUGGACGGUGAAACGUUGAAAGAAUUCUGGGUAGUGGACGACAUGUAUACGUUUGAGAAUGUGGGAUUUACAAACACAGUGAACGAUAUUAAAUAUCUUAUUUGCGCCGACUGUGAAGUUGGUCCGAUUGGAUGGCAUGAUCUAAGCAAGAAGAAGGAAUUCUAUAUUGCUUUGGAUCGAGUACAUCAUAUAUGAAUGAGAACUGUUCCAUUAUGGUGUGUGCUAUAAAAUAUAGUUGUAUUUUUUUCUUGUGGAAUAGUCUGUAGUGUUAGUACCAUUACUUGAUAUUUCAUUCUUCCAAUGUCUAGCAUAUUCUGUCUGAUCUUGGGUAAUACCCCCAGAUGGAAUCUGUC